GCCCAGCCCUCCGUGCCCGCCGUGCCCGCCGUGCCCACCCUGCCCACCGCCCCGGGAGCAUGAAGGACCGCACGCAGGAGCUCCGCACGGCCAAGGACAGCGACGAUGACGACGAGGUCACAGUCAGCGUGGACAGAGACCGCUUCAUGGAUGAGUUCUUUUGAGCAGGUGGAGGAGAUCCGGGGCUUCAUUGACAAGAUCUCAGAGAACGUGGAGGAAGUGAAACGCAAACACAGCGCCAUCCUGGCCUCCCCAAACCCCGACGAGAAGACCAAGGAAGAGCUGGAGGAGCUCAUGGCAGACAUCAAAAAGACAGCCAACAAAGUGCGGUCCAAGCUGAAGAGUAUCGAGCAGAGCAUCGAGCAGGAGGAGGGACUAAACCGAUCGUCUGCCGACCUGAGAAUCAGGAAAACGCAGCACUCCACGCUGUCCCGCAAGUUCGUGGAGGUGAUGUCAGAGUACAACGCCACCCAGUCCGACUACCGCGAGCGCUGCAAGGGCCGCAUCCAGAGGCAGCUGGAGAUCACCGGCAGGACCACCACCAGCGAGGAGCUGGAGGACAUGUUGGAGAGUGGGAACCCCGCCAUCUUUGCCUCGGGGAUCAUCAUGGACUCCAACAUCACCAAGCAGGCGCUGAGCGAAUCGAGACCCGCGCACAGCGAGAUCAUCAAGCUGGAGACCAGCAUCCGGGAACUCCAUGACAUGUUCAUGGACAUGGCCAUGCUAGUGGAGAGCCAGGGGGAGAUGAUCGACCGCAUCGAGUACAACGUGGAACACUCCGUGGACUACGUGGAACGCGCCGUGUCCGACACCAAGAAAGCCGUCAAGUACCAGAGCAAAGCCCGGCAGAAGAAGAUCAUGAUCAUCGUCUGCUGCGUGGUGCUGGGCGUCGUCAUCGCCUCCACGUUCGGUGGCAUCUUCAGCUAGCUCUCUCCGCCCAACGUCCGGAGCCGCCCUCCCCCCCGUCCUCGCCCCUGGACUCGGAGCCCCACGCCGCCCUCUCCCCUCCCCGCCGCCCCCUGGGCCCGGUCCGGCCGGGCCCCGUUGUGUGCAUGACCCCGUGGUGACACCGUGUGUAUCUGUGUGACGGGGGCGGCCGCGGCUCCACAGGGGGCCCGGGGAAGCCGGGCAGGCCGGUGGGCGGCGAGGGCGGGAUGGCCGCCCUUCCCGGCCCACGCCCUCAAGCCCGUGGCCAGGCCGUGGCGGCGCCUCCCCUCGCCCGGGCCCACCAGCCCGGACACCCUCCGUCCCCCACCUCGGGGGGCUGCCGGCUUGGAGCCUCUCCCCGGGGAUGGGGGGAGGAUCCCGAUCCCCCUCCCCUGCCUCCCCCCACCCACCCAGGGUCCAGCCCUCCCUCCAGCCCCCUUUCCGACUCCUUCCCCAUGCACGGCCACCAGGCCCCACCCCGAGACGGUCGGUCGGGGUGGGGCACAGAGUGGCCUGCAGCAGCCUCAGCCCCGGGGACCCCCCUCCCCCUUCUGCUCCCCGCCCCCCACAGGGCGGCACUGUGGGGGAGGAGGGGGACCGGGGAAAGGCUGCAGAAGCAGGGUGGGUCAGAGGCCUAGAAUAGCUCAUCACUGCCAAUCCCCAGGUGGGGCCGACGCGAUCCCCACCCCCCCACCCCCCCCCGCAGUUCCCCAUCCUGGGCUCGUGCCCGAGUGGCUGGAAGGGUGAGGGCUAGACAGGGUGCCCGCCGCCAGCCUGGGGGGGGGGGGGGGACGGGACCCCCACCCGCCACCGGUGCCCAGGCCCCCCCUCGGAUGUUGCAUGCGUGGGCUGCUGCCCGGCCCGCCCCGGACCACGUCCCCUUCUGUCCGUCAUCGAGGUGCCAUGUUCGUGUCGGGGGGGCGAGGGAGGGGGGUCGCUGACAUAGUAUUUGGCCAAGGGGUAGCCUCGCCCCCCUCCCCCCCACCCGUGCUGGGGCUUUGGUUCAUCUGCCCAGCCCUACCCCUCCCUCCUCGCAGCAGGCGUGUGCGUGCGUGCGUGUCCGUGCUCCGUCCCGCUUCCGAGCCUCCGCGACAGCCCAGUGACUGUGACAACUGUCCGUGUUGCCUUCUUUCUACGCCCCCUCCGCCCCUCCCCCCCCCCCCACCAAAGCUCACGGUGCAACCAGCCAGCCAUUUUGUGAAAUUUUUAUGUAGAAUAAACAUUUGUAUCCAUCC